GGAGAGAGAGAGAGAGAGAGAGAGAGAGAGAGAGAGAGAGAGAGAGAGAGAGAGAGAGAGAGAGAGAGAGAGAGAGAGAGAGAGAGAGAGAGAGUUGGAGGAGGGGGCUGUAUCUCUUGGCAUCUCUCCCCACCCCUAUCUCUUUACAGGACUGCCAGCUCGUCAAGUGGUAUUCCAGGAAUGCGUUGAACAUGGCUGCCGCGAUGAAGGCACAGAAAACCGGACUGUUAGAACUUCGUAUAACCGUGGACCGUUGGAUCCGUGUGUUGGCCACUUUAACCGAAGACACAUUGACACUAACUCCGGGAGAAGUUGGAGGGGAUGAAGCCGCGAAAGCCGCUCCGGUGCCCGCAGGAGCAGUCAACGGUGACCCGGCCAACCUUGCCUCGUCUCCGGUACCGGAGACCAUCACCAACGUGAAGCGCACGGUGCGCGUGACCAAGCAAGACGUUGGAGGUUUGGGAAUCAGUAUUAAAGGUGGCAAGGAAAACAAGAUGCCCAUCCUCAUCUCGAAGAUCUUCAAAGGGCUGGCUGCUGACCAGACGGAGGCCCUGUACGUCGGUGACGCCAUCUUGUCCGUCAACGGCAAUGACCUGCGAGAGGCGACCCACGACGAGGCAGUGCAAGCCCUCAAGAAGACCGGCAAGGAGGUCAUCCUGGAAGUGAAAUACAUAAAGGAGAUGUCGGCCUUCUUCAAGAACGCGGCCGCGGGUGGUGGAGGUGGUGGCGGGGGUGCGGCGGGGUGGGAAUCUCCCCCGACGAGCCCCCAGAAGGUGGCGGCGCCCCCCGCAGAGGUGAAGGAGACCCGAAACGUGGCCCUCAGGAUGAGCCAGGUGGGACGCAGGCAGUGUCCCCCCGACACUGAGAACAGGUAUCUGGAGGUGAUCUCGGCAGACAAGAGGACCUCUGUGUUCCUGCGGGCGAAGGACCCUGCCAUGGCCCAGUCCUGGUACACGGCCAUCCAGACAACCAUCGCAACCCUGCUGCCCCGCGUCAAGGAGGCCCUCAAGGCCCUGCACGCCGGCCUGGGGCCCAAACACCUGGGCUGGAUGACCGCACAGGGGUCAGAGAAGGCUUUGCUGGCGAUUCUGACGGAUAAGGAUCUGCUUUUCUACAACACACUGCCAGACAGUCGAGAGAGCCUGGACAAGCCAGAGAGGACCCAUCCUCUCAUCACCACCAGGCUGGUGCACUCGGGCCCCAGUAAGACGUCUCCGCUGCACGACUCGGACCUGUCGUUCGGGCUGCGGACGGGCACCAAGCAGGGCGUGGAGACGCACGUGUUCCGCGUGGACUCGCCCAAGGAGCUGUCCACCUGGACCCACCUGCUGGUGGAGGGCUGCCACAGCGCCGCAGAACUCAUCCAGGAGGUCACCACAGCGUGCAGCUGGAACGGGAAGCAGUGCAUGAUGGGAGUCCACAUAGACGAGGGCUUCACGCUGUUCACAGAGGAGGCAGGGGUGCGGCGUCACGUGCUGCUUCAUCAGCCCUUCGAGAGGCUCCGCAUGUCCGCCGACGACGGCGUACGCAUGAUGUUCCUCGACUUCGGAGGCCCCGAGGGAGAAAUACAACUGGACCUGAACUCCUGCCCCAAGACCAUGGUCUUCAUCAUCCACUCCUUCCUGUCCGCCAAGGUCAAGCGACUGGGCCUGUUGGCAUGACAGCAUCGUCGACUCGACACAGCGCUUGCUUGCGCUUCGGCCCGUUGCCGCGGAUACUGGACAUGACGGACAGGCAAAUCCAACCAAUGAGAGCGUAGGAGGACCAUAAUCGCUUUUUUCCCUUUCGGACAACCAAAAUUUUACCGACCAACCACAGGCGGUUACUGCCAUUGGUCAGAAGACGACGACAACAACAGUCAGCCUCAGCUGCAGCAGCCGACAGCAGUCAAAUGAGAAACAUCACCUGAGUCUCGUUGUUGUGAGGCUGUGUGUGCUUGGAUGACUCUUCCUCUGGGUGACAACAUGAAGAGACUGCAGGGGUCUGGGGCCACAUGCGAACCAUUACCCCCCUACCUCCCUCACUCACAGCAGACAACAGACUACUGCACUGUUACUGAGCUAAGGCGCUUGAUCCUCAGUCAGAUCUUGUCCUUUUUAUUGCGUGUUUUUUUUUUUUUGCUUUGUGUGGCUGGCGACAGAUUUUAAGUCAGAUUUAGAGGGCUAGUUCAUUCGUUUUAUUUUUUCCUUUUUUUCUUUCUUUGUUUUCAACAGCAGCAUGUACGUACAUGACAGGGAUGUGGAGUAAUAAUAAGGGAUGGAGAGAGGGAGGGAGGGAGGGAGAGAGGGAAUAGAAAGAGGGAAUGGAGGAGGGAUGAAAAGAGGGGCAAUACACAUACUGUAUCACACUCAAGGAACCCAACACACAGUUUGAGGAUGUGAGUAAAAAAAAAGGAAGAAAAAAGACCCUCUGUUGUGUUUCGCUCUCUUGAGAAAUAAUGACAUCUCGCCGAGGAGGCUCGGCGCGCGCACUAAAUCUAUUAAAUGCUCUGUCAACUGUGUUUUAGCGGCAGAUCCCUCGUGUUGUCGUUAGUCGGCGCGUCGCGUGGCAUUGCGCGCUUUCCUCUAAUGACACUAAGUCUUCAUAAGCGCAAGAUGAAGUGGGCAUUUUCUACUGAGCACAUGUGGGUUGGGGGGGGGGGGGGUGUUAUACAUAAAUAUCGCUUUUAUAAAUAGGGUUUAUAAAUAUUACCCCCCCUCCACCACCACCACCAACCUCCUAAUCCCUCCGUGAUGUAAAUAUGAACACCCCCCCACCCCAC